UUACCCCGGCCACCAGGGUGGGUAUGUGCCAUUUUUGCCUAGGAACAGCAGCAAUCGUCCAUUCAGACUCGAGGCGAUGGACGCUCCCGAGAAAGACCUGCCGGCGACGCCCAAGGCCGAAAAGACCAAGCCGGCGCAGAAGCGGACGGGACCGAGGCGGGACGAACGUACUCGCCGACGUACCGACAGCCACGAGGCAUCGCAGGCUAGCGACAAGGGUUCGAUCCGACGUAGCGACACGGCCGCGGGUUCUCAACAGAACACCGUGAUGACUGGCACCGAUGACAGGUCUCAAUUCUCGCGGCGUUCGAGCACCUCCCGUCGCAGUCGGCGUUCCGCUUCCCGUGAGUUCAGCAAGGUGGUGCCUUCCGAGAACGCCACCGCACGCGACGAGGUCGAAGCUGCUGUUCCAGAGGUCUCCUCGCGUCCUGAAAUGACACCGAGUAUUCAGGUCGUGCCGCCACCUCGGGUCGCCCCGUCCCUCAUCCUUCCGUUAGCCGGCGACAUGGCUGACGCAGCGCCGGCACCCGCGCCCUUGCAACAGCAGGAUGAGACCUCUGCGCCGGCAGCGGCUGGCAGCCCCGCACAGCCGUCGACCAGGCGCGCUUCCAAGCAGCUCGAAGAAGAACCGGCGGGAACGCAGGCCACCGCGACGGAACCGCAACCGGAAGAAGCUCCGGAUCAGCAGCAGGCCGAGGACGCCGCUCGGCCGGAGGCUCACCAGACAGCGCGCUUCAGCAACGCACCGGUGCACGAAGACGAGAGACCGGAGUCGAAGCGCCCCGUGGUCAUCGCUGCGGUGGCCAUAAUCGUCUUCGUCCUGGUGGUGGCCAUCCUCAAACAGCUUCGCGCCGCGCCCGCCGACGUCGCCGUGUGCGCCGGGCAGGGCUGCGCGAACAGCAGCACGCAGGCGAUCUAGCUGGCUCGCUUGCUGUCCUCGGCGCUGGUCUGCUCGCGGAUCUCGCUGGCAGCGGGUCGGGGACGUGCAGUGCGUGCGACCCCCGUCGGCUGGUGUCGGGCCCGUACGAACUACUGCGGCGUCGCGCUUAGCCGUGGGUCCUCUGUAGCUACGCGGCAUGCGUGACGAUUUCGUUUUGCACGCUUUUGUCUGGCAAGCCGCCACCCACGCUCUUUGGUCGGGCAGCAGAAGCCAGGUGUAGAACAAUGUGCUACUUUGAGUAGCGUAUCCUACGUUAAUUUUUUCCCUUAGCUUUUUUUUUUGCUGUAUUACAUAUUGCCUUUGUUGCGCAUAUACGUGUGAACAUGCGUACCGUACGCCUGCUCAAAUUUGUUUCUAUUAAACGUUUUGUUGCGGCA